AGAGGAUAGGCGUUGUGGUCGACUCAGGUCGAGGCGUGAACAGUGGCGCUCCAGCUGUCGACAGGUGAGGGUGUGUAGGUCUGCUCCAUUGUCAGAACUCUGUGAGGGGCUCUCUCCUAGGUUGCGUCAGUGAGCUGAACCGAACACACGUAAAUUCAGCAACAUGAUUCAGGGCGCUUGUGUGUUCGUGGUAGUGAUGGUGUUGGCGAUGGUAACAGCAUAUUCGCCGACGAAAACACAAAAUCUGGACCUCGACCAUCCGAUUUACUGCCCAGAUAUUGCCUGUAACCCCGACGAGUACAACCCUGUGUGUGGUAGUAACGGUGUGACCUACAGGAACGCAUGCUACUUUAUCCUGGGCACCUGUGGAGACUCAGUUACCACUCUUGUGCAUCAAGGAGAAUGUAAGAGAGACUGCCAUAAGAACUGUAACAAGAAGUAUGACCCCGUGUGUGGUAGUAAUGGCGUCACUUAUGGCAACUUGUGUAUGUAUGAGGUGGCUCACUGCAAGGACGAAUCAAUCACCAUCAGUCACCAAGGACAAUGCAGGAGGAAACUCUGCGCCAGGAGGUGUGGGAAGAUCGCUCGACCUGUGUGUGGUUCAGAUGGUCAGACUUACAUCAACAACUGCAUGUUCGAUAUAGCGUCGUGUAACAAUGAGAAUCUUAGCGUCGUGUACCGGGGCAGGUGUGAAGAUAAAGAGGAAAUCCAGUGUCCUAGAGCGUGCCCCCUGAUCUACCGACCCGUGUGUGAUAACAACGGCAAGCAAUACUCCAAUGAAUGUGAACUUAACAUCGCUAUUUGUCACGACUCCUCCAUCACGCCUGGAACCUGUCAUGGCCAAGGUGAAAAGAAUGGUUGAGAAAACGUGACAACAGGAGCCAACACCAUCUGACAACACCACCUGACAACACCAUCUGACAACACCACCUGACAACACCAUCUGGUAACACCACCUGACAACACCAUCUGACAACACCUACCACCACAACAAUGGCUCACUCAAGAGAAAUGAAAAUAAAUUUUUUUCACCAGUUUAAUGUGUCAUCUCUGAUAUAUUAUGUAUUUCACCUUGCAUUAAAUAACUAAGAUACAUAUUAACUCAAGAUACAGGGAAGAGGAUACAGUGUAUGUGUCUUUAUUCUAUUAAUACAUUUACCUGUAAUUGAUGUAUUUGUACCUGUGUUUACCUGUUGUAUGUAAAUUACUAUGAUCAGUUUUAUCUGAAUAUUGUAAUUUUCCUAGUUUUGUUUUGUACUGUAUUUUAUCUACUUUUAUCUGUAUUCCUCAAAUUAUUAUCUGUAAUAUUGUAUUCUUCAUCAGGUUUUGCUUUAUAUUACAGUGUACAGGUAAUGCCUUAAAAACCCGGAGAAAAACGGAAAAUAAGUGAGUUUUCUUUUAUCACGGAGCUGCAUCAAAACAACAACAAAGACGAAAUUUUCAAAGAUUUCCGGUAAUUUCUCGUAAGAUAAGAAUAAAGGAAUUAAAAGAAUUGAAUUAAACAAAAAACAGAAGAAUAAACUAUAAAAAUGUAUUAAUUAUUGCUCUGAGACUCUACCUUAAUAUCAUUUAAAUGGAGUUAAAUUCUGCUACAAGGAAAAAAUUCAACACACGAGUCUUUAAGAAACUUGAAUAAUUAUAUGAGAUUUUGUAUUUGAUGUCUGAAUAUAUUGUAAUUAUUCUAUAAAAUGAAUAAAUAAGUUUCACUUCAGAAGAAUUACCAACUAGGGUAUUAUUCACAUUUAACGACGGGAAUGCUGAAGGUUAAAGUUUACAUAUCUCCCUUAAUAUUCCUCUAAUACAUCUGAAAUUCAUUAUGAGUAAAUAAAUCUGGGUAAGAAA